AACGGGAAUUCGUCAUUCAACUGAGGUGUUAAAUUUACAGCGCCAAUGGAACGUUCGUCCUUUGUUAAAUAUCUUCCCUUACGGCGAAUUGCCCUCGUUUUUGGCUUGUUGGUGUUAUAUACUAUUACUUCAACUCUCCUCAUAAACCACCCAUCAUUUCGUUUUAUUGCAAAAACGAACGAAGCAAAUAAAAUCGCCGAUUUCUGUCGUGAGUGGCUACGUCAGCAUCGUGCGCGCUCGGACUGGCAGGCCAUAAUCAAACCGUGUUACGACAAUAUGGCCUGGGGAAAAGUGAAGGAUGGCUGGGAAAUAGCUAACAGAACCGACGCCUCAACAAGUGAGAUAACAUUUCAGGACAUCAGGCCUGCUGGAGAGUACAGUAAGAUUUUCAUCCAAUCAAAAACGACCGACAAUAGAGCGAAAGUAAUUGGUGGAGACACCUGGAGGGUCAACCUACGUGGCCCAUCAAGCAUUGCAGCGACUGUUUUUGAUCACAAUAAUGGAACUUAUGAAGCUUUGUUUCUUAUUAUGGAGCCUGGUAUCUAUGAACUGUUGAUUCACCUUGACUAUAGUCUGUGCGAUGGAUUCAGGGACCCUCCACCUGAUUGGUUCAUUAAGGGGAACGUUCAUGGGAAAUUUCAACCGAGAAAUCUUCUAGGCCCCCUGGUUGAUUACUUGGCACAGCCCUUUCAGAGCGGAACACAUCUCGAGAUAACCGUAGAAACAACAGAUACGAUCGUGUCAUUAGCCGACAAACUUCAUUCCCUUGAGUCGUGUUCUUCCACGUGCAAUAACUUGUGGGAUGGAUUUGGUCGGUGGAAGAAUGACAAAUGGCGGCCAUACCUCGAAGAAUCAUACGACUGGUCCUUACCAGAAAACUACAGCUCUUCUGGUACUUUGUGGGUGUACGGUGAUUCAUUAGGACUUAUGCUGUUUAAUUCAAUCCGCUCUCGUGACCUGUGCACAAAGCUCUACUCCAACUGUAAAAACAGUUAUAACUGGCUCUAUCCAACCAGGAAUGAUAAACCAGUCAACAAUACACGGGAUAACCUCGACUUUCGUCCGGAGAUAGUCUUAAAUGCCAUACGCAGCGUUCUUAAUACGACAGACUUACAGCAACCAUCCAGUGUACUGCUUUUAAACCUUGGACUUCAUUAUACCCGAAGCGUCAACUUCACAACUUUUCAGAGGGUCAUUGGAGACGUAAUAGACUUGUUGAAAGAGAAAACAAUUGACUCACAAGGCAAAGAAGUUCUAAAGUUAAAAGCGAGGGUCAUUUGGAAAUCAACUACAGCCUUAUGUAAGCAUAAGCAAAGGUACUACAACCCAACAGAUAAGAGAUUCCUCACACCGCAGCGAGUUCUCCUGUUCAGCGCGUACGCCAUCACAGCCAUGUGUCAAGCGGGUUUCGAUGUCAUAGACGUGUAUCCGAUGACCCACUCGUAUCCGGAGGGUACAUUGGACAAUGAUAUUGUUCACUAUCCAAACAAAGUGUUUGAUGCGGUGGUAACACUUGUAGAGAAUUAUAAAAUAAACAACAAUCAAAGGAUAGAAACCGAUGACCACGAGAGAAAAAUAAGGCGAUGUGCCAGCUGACCAAAACUAUAGACAGCUAUCCCAAGUCCUCAGCUUGGCCUCACAGAAGAAAAUUUGGGGAAGGAUAAAUUAACUUGUUUCUAGGCCCGCUCUUGUCUGACGUGGCUGAGACAUGUAUUUUCUUUCGCAGAGGUUCCAUAUGAAAACAUGGUACGGGUUGUUCGAAGUAGGUCGGUUUUUGUCAUUUCAUUUAUAUUUUUCAAGUAGUCUGGUAAAUCUUUAACCUACAUGAUUACUAACGGUUUGAUAAGGUAAAUGUUUAUUUUGGACACUUUUUUGGUCGGGAAACCUGAAAACAUAUCGGAGUCUUUUUCUGUUUAAGAAGAACAUAAUGCUAGGACAGUCUUGGUUGGGUCUCGUCUGAAUUUACCUAAUCCCCUCACAAGGCUUUUUUAUAUUCGUAUGAUACUUAUUGGCCGUUAAUUGGCUGCCAAUUUUCUAUGGUCCUCUCGUUAUACCCUGUUGGCGACGACUGACCCUCCUCUUUUCCCCUGAAAAGCAUCUGGUCCUCCCCCUGCCCCCAAUUCUCCGAUUCCGCCCUCCCAGCUGAUAGAUAAAGACUGAUCCUUAAUUAGAGGUCAUGACAAAACAUUUAUGGUUUAAGGUCUAAGGCAAGGAGUAAUUGCAAUGAAUGAGCUGCCAGUAAUCGGAUCCUUGUGUUUGCGCAAAGAUUUCUAGGAUCGCCACGGGGCAAACAUUGCUACUCGUUAUACAGAAAUGUAUGGCGCAAGGUUGUUUCCAUGUCCAAAAAGACAAUUUUAGAGGGAGAUCAAUGCUUUUUCGCCGCAGUUUUAUCAUAAAUGGAUAAAGAUCAUGUUGAUUCGAGGAACGUGUAAGUUUGUGUUUGUAUUUUCACGAAAUAUACCAAUGAAUUUCUCUCCUUGUGUAAGGUUUAUUGUGAAAUCGUCAUCGCGUAAUGGUCUCGACGUUUUACAAAAUUAGCCAUAAAUCUUUAUGAAAUAACUCAUUUAAGUCUUUUCUGUGGAUAUAUCAGUUGUACAUCGCUCCUUAAGCGACCCAUUUGUACCUACUCACUGUCGCAGAAGAAAUGGUUCAGUUUUGAGUCGAUUAUAUACGCUGGUUCGUUCUCAUUGAUCACAACAGAGAAGUAGUGUAGGUGUUCCAUCGCUUAAAUGUAUCUGACGAUGAUACUUAGUGCUCAAGCUCACCAUCUGUCGACACUUCAAUCUCCUACUGUCUCGAGGUAGCUGUUGUAGCGCUCUUUUGUCAGUAUUAGCAAGCCAAGAAAAAUGAGCUAGAAAUAGACUUAGGACACGUCAUAAAAGCUGAGAAAGCUUAUUGAUUUAUUUCUUGGCGAUUUAUAGCAAAUAUUUCCAAAUUUCGAGACUAUAAAGCGACGUCAGUUUCACAAUAAACCUUGCGUUUGCUCAUGGAGGAAUGUUAAUUGGUAGAUUUUGUUACAUAUAUCAAGGUUGUUCAAUCAAAAACUUACGCUUCCCUUGUAUCGAUUACCCAAAUCCAUUUCUGAUAGAAGAGCGGCGAAAAAGCGAUAAUCUCCCCCCAAACUAGUUUUUUGGACGUCAAACAACCUUUCGUCAUGCAUUUCUUUACAGCCACGAGGCGAUCCCAAAAACCUUUGCGCAAACAAAAGGAUUUAAUUAUUAGCAACUCAUCCAUUGAUCGUGUUGUCUGAUUGUCUGGGUGAAAGUAGACCUGCAAGGGUCUGAGACGAUGGUAGAGACUGACGUUAGCUGACACGUUUUGACAGUCUUAACGAAUGUCUUUACCAAAGUGAAGCCACUCAUCUUUCAGAAAUUAUUAAAUGCGGCAUGAUAAACACUGUAAAGAGCCUCAGUAGGUAGAAUUGAUUCCUCAAAAAUUUUACUGUUCGUCUGCUAAAAUUAUAAAUGUAAUAUUUGGAAUCCUGGCGUCACUAUUUUCCUCAGUUUCUUUACUCGCUCCUUCCGAAAAUGUUAGCUCCUUUCAAACGUAUAUAUAGAGAAAAGCAUUUAGUCAUUUUCUUUUAUUUAAUUAAUGAGUGAGUCCUGUGAGUUAUAUAUGAAAAGUAAUGUAUUGUAGAACUGCUUUUUAAAACUUUUGAAUUGUACUUUUCUCGUCUUUCUUCAUUCGUUAUUUCAAUAGGACAUUGUAAGGCGCUGUUAAAUAUGUGUCAAGAGCCUACUCAGUAUAAAUUUCUUACAUCAACAUUAUUAUCAUCAUUGUGGCAGGGUAAAACUUCUGGAUGCCUAGAUUCCAAGCACGAUAGUUGGGCGGUGCAGGCUGUAGCCAACUCCGUGACGAAGCCAUAAACUUGUAUUGUUAAUAAAAAAUAUGCUAAAACUUUAACUGUUGAAAAUAUAUAGA